ACCCUCGUCGUUUUUUUUCAUUUGACUGAUGUAGCUGAAACUUUCUACUAUCACCCAUCUCCAUCUCCAUCUCCAUCGCCAUGUACUUGUACAGCCUGACGCUGCAGCAAGCCACCGGAAUCGUUUGCGCCAUCAAUGGAAGCUUCUCCGGCGGGAAGUCUCAAGAGAUUGUUGUGGCGCGCGGCAAAAUCCUCGAUCUGCUCCGCCCCGACGAGAAUGGUAAGCUCCAGUCUCUGCUCUCUGUAGAAAUAUUUGGGGCCAUUCGUUCUCUGGCACAGUUUCGACUCACCGGCGCGCAGAAAGACUACAUAGUUGUGGGGUCGGAUUCUGGGCGGAUUGUUAUACUUGAUUAUAAUAAGGAAAAGAAUACGUUCGAUAAAAUUCACCAGGAAACUUUUGGGAAGUCGGGAUGCCGUAGAAUUGUACCUGGGCAGUACUUGGCGGUUGAUCCUAAGGGUAGAGCUGUAAUGAUAGGUGCCUGUGAAAAGCAGAAGCUUGUUUAUGUUUUGAAUAGGGAUACUGCAGCUAGGUUGACUAUUUCAUCACCUCUGGAGGCUCAUAAAAGCCACACCAUUGUUUAUUCAAUCUGCGGGGUGGACUGCGCGUUCGAAAAUCCCUUGUUUGCAGCUAUAGAGUUAGACUAUUCCGAGGCAGAUCAAGAUCCCACCGGCCAGGCUGCUAAUGAGGCGCAGAAGCAUUUGACAAUUUAUGAACUGGAUUUAGGUCUUAAUCAUGUUUCCAGGAAAUGGUCUGACCAGGUGGAUAAUGGAGCUAAUAUGCUUGUGACAGUGCCGGGUGGUGUGGAUGGACCUAGUGGUGUGCUUGUGUGCACAGAAAAUUUUGUUAUAUAUAAAAAUCAGGGACAUCCGGAUGUACGGGCUGUUAUUCCAAGACGGGAGGAUCUGCCUGCUGAGCGAGGAGUCUUGAUUGUCUCUGCAGCUAUGCAUAAGCAGAAAACUAUGUUUUUCUUUCUGUUGCAAACUGAAUAUGGGGAUAUCUUCAAAGUGACUUUGGAUCAUGAGAAUGACAGAGUCAAAGAAUUGAAGAUUAAGUACUUUGAUACUAUUCCUGUGACUUCUUCAUUGUGUGUUUUGAAGUCGGGGUUCUUGUUUGCAGCAUCAGAGUUUGGAAACCAUGCCUUGUAUCAGUUUCAGGCUAUUGGAGAUGAUCCAGAUGUGGAGGCCUCGUCAGCCACACUGAUGGAAACUGAAGAAGGUUUUCAGCCUAUAUUUUUCCAGCCUAGGAAGCUUAAGAAUCUAGUGAGGAUUGAUCAGGUUGAGAGUUUGAUGCCCAUAAUGGAUAUGAAAAUUAUUAACCUCUUUGAAGAAGAAACUCCUCAGAUAUUUUCACUUUGUGGACGGGGUCCUCGUUCAUCUCUUAGGAUACUUAGGCCAGGUUUGGCUAUUAGUGAAAUGGCAGUAUCACAGCUUCCCGGUGUUCCAAGUGCUGUGUGGACUGUGAAAAAGAAUGUAAAUGAUGAGUUUGAUGCUUAUAUUGUGGUUUCUUUUGCAAAUGCUACUCUCGUGCUUUCCAUUGGUGAAACUGUUGAAGAAGUUAGUGAUAGUGGAUUUCUUGACACUACGCCUUCACUUGCUGUCUCGUUGAUUGGGGAUGACUCUCUGAUGCAAGUCCAUCCUAGCGGGAUUCGACAUAUCAGAGAAGAUGGGCGUGUUAAUGAGUGGAGAACCCCCGGUAAGAGAACAAUUGUUAAGGUUGGGUCUAAUAGGCUUCAAGUUGUCAUUGCUCUGAGUGGAGGAGAGCUUAUAUAUUUUGAAGUUGAUAUGACCGGGCAGCUAAUGGAGGUUGAGAAGCAUGAAAUGUCAGGAGACAUUGCUUGUUUGGAUAUUGCCCCUGUGCCUGAAGGAAGACAAAGGUCACGCUUCCUUGCUGUUGGAUCUUAUGACAAUACCAUCCGCAUCUUAUCUCUGGAUCCGGAUGAUUGUAUGCAGAUUCUAAGUCUGCAAAGUGUCUCAUCUCCUCCAGAAUCUCUCCUCUUUCUUGAAGUUCAGGCUUCAAGCGGAGGGGAGGAUGGAGCAGAUCACCCAGCCAGCCUUUUCCUAAAUGCUGGUCUGCAAAAUGGAGUUCUGUUCAGGACAGUGGUUGAUAUGGUUACUGGACAGCUUUCAGAUGCCCGGUCUCGGUUCUUAGGUCUCAGGGCUCCAAAGCUCUUUUCUAUUAAUGUGAGAGGACGGAGAGCGAUGCUUUGUUUGUCAAGUAGGCCUUGGCUAGGUUACAUACAUCAAGGGCAUUUCCUCUUGACACCACUUUCAUAUGAAACUCUUGAAUAUGCAGCUUCCUUUUCAUCAGAUCAGUGUGCUGAAGGUGUUGUUGCGGUAGCUGGGGAUGCGUUGAGGGUUUUCACUAUCGAGAGACUGGGAGAAUCAUUUAAUGAGACUGCUAUACCUUUAAGGUAUACACCGAGAAAGUUUGUAAUUCAACCUAAGCGAAAGCUUUUGGUAAUUAUUGAAAGUGAUCAGGGAGCUUUCAAUGCGGAAGAGCGUGAAGCUGCAAAAAAGGAAUCGUUUGAGGCUUCUGGGAUGGGAGAAAAUGGGAAUGUAGAGCAGAUGGAGAAUGGCGAUGAUGAAGAUGCUAAUGAUCCACUUUCCGAUGAGCAAUAUGGUUAUCCAAAGGCAGAGUCUGGGAAGUGGGUUUCUUGCAUCAGAGUUUUGGAUCCGAGGACAACACAAACAACAUGCUUGCUGGAGCUUCAAGAUAACGAAGCUGCAUUCAGCAUGUGCACUGUGAAUUUUCAUGAUAAAGAAUAUGGUACUCUAUUAGCUGUGGGUACUGCAAAAGGUCUAAAGUUUUUGCCCAAAAGAUCCUUUGAGGCAGGAUUUAUUCACAUAUAUAGGUUUAAGGAAGAAGGGAAGGUCCUUGAACUUUUGCACAAGACACAAGUGGAGGGGGUUCCUCUUGCGUUGUGUCAAUUCCAAGGAAGAUUAUUGGCUGGGAUAGGACCUGUGCUAAGAUUGUAUGAUCUAGGGAAAAGGAGAUUGCUUAGAAAGUGUGAGAAUAAGUUGUUUCCCAACACUAUCACAUCUAUACACACGUACCGUGAUCGGAUUUAUGUUGGCGAUAUGCAGGAGUCUUUCCAUUAUUGUAAGUACAGGCGUGAUGAAAACCAGCUGUACAUAUUUGCUGAUGAUACUGUUCCCAGAUGGCUUACUGCAACACAGCACGUGGACUUCGACACCAUGGCUGGCUCUGACAAAUUCGGAAAUGUUUACUUUGUUCGGUUGCCGCAGGAUGUGUCAGAUGAGAUUGAGGAGGAUCCAACUGGUGGUAAGAUAAAGUGGGAGCAAGGAAAGCUCAAUGGGGCCCCCAACAAAGUGGAAGAGAUAGUUCAGUUCCAUGUUGGUGAUGUGGUCUCUUGCCUCCAAAGGGCAUCUCUGAUUCCAGGUGGUGGGGAGUGUAUUAUCUACGGGACUGUGAUGGGUAGUUUAGGGGCAUUUUUACCCUUCACAUCUCGCGAUGAUGUUGACUUCUUCUCUCAUUUGGAGAUGCACUUGCGGCAGGAGCACCCACCAUUAUGUGGUCGAGACCACAUGGCCUACAGAUCUUCUUACUUUCCAGUGAAGGAUGUGAUUGACGGAGAUUUGUGUGAACAAUUCCCAACUUUACCCAUGGAUAUGCAGCGUAAAAUUGCAGAUGAGCUGGAUAGAACUCCAGCUGAGAUCUUAAAAAAGCUGGAAGAAAUAAGAAACAAAAUAAUUUGAGGUCAUCUGUUAGGCAGCCAUCUAAAGAAUGGGUUGGGUUGCAUUUUUCUUGAUGCUCACAUGGCUUGUUAUGGCACCACGUUCCCUGCUCUUUCUGUCGACAGCUAAAAUCAAUGUGGUCUUUAAUGGCGUCCAGGAUUGUGCCCGCAGCAAACCUGAGGUGAGUUUUGUCUUUCAAUUUGUGAUCAUUACGUGGACAUGGCUCUUUUCUCGUAGUUAAUUUAGCAACACAAAUUAUUUUAUCUGUAGCUGUAGCUCAACUAUUAAUCUUAAUGCGUGCAGUGUUCUUCAUUAUGUCUCAAUUUUAAUUUACACUGUAGUCAACCUUCGCUUUAUAUAUUUUUUAACUAAA